AUGGCGCCCCUCACCUACUCCAAGACCUCCAAGGUCCCCAACCGUCCCUUCGAGGCCGCCCGUCUUGACUCCGAGCUUAAGCUCGUUGGCGAGUACGGUCUCCGCAACAAGCGUGAGGUCUGGCGUGUCCAGCUUACCCUCUCCAAGAUUCGUCGUGCUGCCCGUCAGCUUUUGACCCUCGACGAGAAGGACCCCAAGCGUCUCUUCGAAGGCAAUGCCCUCAUUCGCCGUCUCGUGCGCGUCGGUGUCCUCGACGAGUCCCGCAUGAAGCUCGAUUACGUCCUGGCCCUGAAGGUCGAGGAUUUCCUUGAGCGCCGCCUCCAGACUUGCGUCUACAAGCUCGGUCUCGCCAAGUCCAUCCACCACGCCCGUGUCCUCAUUCGCCAGCGUCACAUCCGCGUCGGCAAGCAGAUCGUCAACGUUCCCUCCUUCAUCGUCCGUCUCGACUCCCAGAAGCACAUCGACUUCGCUCUUACCUCGCCCUUCGGUGGUGGCCGCCCCGGCCGUGUCCGCAGAAAGAAGGCUGCUGCCGCCGAGUCCAAGGGUGACGGUGGUGACGACGAGGAGGAUGACGAGUAA